AUGGCUGAAACCAAAGAAAAUAUUUUUCUUUUCGUUCCUAAUAUCAUCGGAUUUGCUCGGAUUAUUCUUGCAAUUAUAUCUUUUUAUUACAUGUCUACGCAUUGUGUGUUAGCAGUGAUUUGCUAUAUAAUAUCAGCUUUGUUGGACGCAGUUGAUGGUCAUGCUGCAAGAUAUCUUAACCAAAGCACCAAGUUUGGUGGUAUGCUAGACCAGUUGACUGACCGGGCUGGAACAGCUGGAUUGAUGAUGACUCUUGCAACAUUUUACCCUAACUACACAUUUUGGUUCCAAUUAUCAAUGGUCAUUGAUAUAACCGGUCACUGGAUAUACCUGCACACAUGCACAUUGCAGGGAAAGACCUCUCAUAAAUUUAUUAACAUGGCGGAGAACCCCAUAAUGCAUGUGUACUAUACAAACAAAACUGUGCUCUUCCUCAUGUGUGCUGGUAAUGAAGCAUUUUAUGCUGCCCUCUAUGUUAUGCAUUUCUUCCCUGGACCUACUGUUAUUGGGGUUGGAUUAUUCAAGUUAAUUGCCCUCCUGACUAUGCCAAUAGCAGUUGUAAAGGCAGGUAUCUCUGUCCUCCAUGCCAUUGUCGCUUCUCUAAACUUGGCCAUUAUUGAUGUUAAUGAAAGAGCUGCUAUCGCCGAAAAACAGAAGAAU